AGAAUGGAAGAGACCAAAUCAACCGAAUUAGGUACUGUGCACACCACUAGUAGCGGUGCUCCGGUAGGAGAUAACCAGAAUUCAAUGACUGCUGGAGCAAGAGGCCCAACCUUGUUGCAAGAUUUCACCUUAAUCGACAAAUUAGCUGCAUUCGAUAGAGAAGAAAUCCCAGAAAGAAUUGUUCACGCUAAAGGUGCUGCCGCCCAUGGUGUCUUCGAAGUUACCAACGACCUCACCAAGUAUACUAAGGCUGCUUUCCUUAACACUAUUGGAAAGAAAACUCCAGUUUUUCUCAGAUUCUCAACUGUCGGAGGAGAAAGAGGUAGUGCAGAUACUGAAAGAGAUCCAAGAGGAUUCGCUAUUAAGUUCUACACUGAAGAAGGAAACUAUGACAUGGUUGGUAACAAUACUCCAGUCUUCUUUAUCAGGGAUGCCAUAAAGUUCCCAGAAUUUAUCCAUACCCAGAAGAGAUGCCCAAUCUCUGGACUUAAAGAUCCAAACAUGGCAUGGGACUUCUGGACAAAGCACACUGAAUCACUUCAUCAAGUAAUGAUUCUUUUCUCAAACAGAGGAACUCCAAAUGGUUACAGAAGAAUGAACGGAUACUCUUCUCACGCCUUCAAGUGGGUCAACGAAGAAGGAGAAUCAUUCUACGUUCAAUAUCACUUCAAGACUGAUCAGGGAGUUAAAAACUUCACUGCUGAGGAAGCACAUCAGAUGAAGGCUGAUAACCCAGACUAUGCCACUCAAGAUCUCUUCCAACACAUUGAUAAAGGAGAGUUCCCAAGUUGGACUUUCAAGGUACAAAUUAUGCCAGAAGCUGAUGCUGCCAAGUACAAGUGGGACGUUCUCGAUAUCACUAAAGUUUGGCCUCAUGAAGAUUAUCCCCUCAUUGAAGUUGGAAAACUCACUUUGAACAGAAAUCCCAAGAAUUACUUCGCUGAGACUGAGCAAUCCGCUUUCUCUCCAAGUCACCUAGUUCCAGGAAUUGAAGCUUCAAAUGAUAAAAUGCUUCAAGGAAGACUCUUCUCUUACCCAGAUACCCACAGACACAGAUUAGGUCCAAACUAUCACACCAUCCCAAUCAACUGUCCAUACAGAGUCCAGACCAGAGAUUACUUCCUUGCAGGAAUUCAUGCUGACGAGCAUGAGGGUACCGCUAAGAUUCCAUACCAAGGAAAAUUCAACGAUGCUCCAAAGGAAUGCCCAGAACAUGAGACUAAGAAGUACAAGGUUGAAGGAGAAGCUGGAAGAUACGACCAAUCUGUCCAUCCUAACUCAGACUUUGAGCAGCCAGCCGCUCUUUAUAAUAAGGUUAUGCCUGAAAUGGAGAAGCUCGCUUUGGUUGAGAAUCUUGCAGGACAUAUUGGAGCAUGCAGAGAGGAGAUCCAACUUGCUGCCCUUGAAGCAUGGGCUCUUGUUGAUGAGAAACUCUCCAAGAGAAUCAGAGCUACUAUCAACAAGUCUUGCCCAACCUGUUAGGUAAAUUUCAUAAUUACCUA